AUGCCUUCGAAACUAAGAGACAAAGAAAGGGAGAGGGAUCCAGAUACACCGAGAUCAAAGGAAAAGUCGAGACACAAGUCGAAACGAUCAACCCGCAAAAGCGACAAAGCUUCUACCCCGCCAGAGCGCAGGUCUACCAACACCUCACCAGCUCCCAAGCCACGGAGAGCAUCAAUGCCGGUACCAGGAUUGGAUAAACGCCCCACAACAGAGUCGGCCCUUGCAAGUAAGACAAGCUUAGCAUACCCAUCAUUCUCCAAGGCACAUAGUAAGGAGGCGGUUGGGAGCAGGGAAAAUGUUGUCCAACCCAGGAUGAGCUACUAUACCCCAGAUCCUACCGACCUGGACCGAGGGAAGGGUUCGGGAGGUGAAGCGAAACUCAAAGAUACUACAAACAUGCCUCCUCCACAUCGGGCGCCUCCAAGUCCGCCGGAGACAACGAUGGAUCAGAAGGUCACGAUGGAGAAGGUCAAGGGGGACACUGUCAAGAAGGAGCGUAAGGGUACAGAUCUACAAAAGCAUGCGGAUGACUUGAAGAGGAAGCUUGGGCGACCCGGAUCAAGCGCCAGUGACCGAGAAAAGGACCGGUCACCACAUCCUUCCAGAUCAAGGACCAGCAUUCGGGAUUCUGGACAAGAGGAGGACAAACCUGCAAGGUCUGCGAGGACCUCAAAGCCUGACACACCUUCGAAGCUCAGACCAAAGGUUGCGACAGUCGAAGACUCGGCAUCAGCCACGAGCCUCCGUCGGUCAGCAUCGUCCACUCAGUCAUCAGUCGUCAAGAGCGAGAUAAGCAAGGGCUCGACCAACAACUCCGACGCAACAUCAAUCGCCCCAAAUCAAACGAAAGUACAACGAUCAAUCACGCCCCUCGCAGAACGUGAUUCAUCUCCAGCCACCGACCCCGACUCCUCACCUAGGACGCCGACACUCGCGGAGCCGCGAUUCCCGCCUAGUCGGAAGGAAACGCCUGCUCUCUCCACGCUCAACGAUUAUGGGAUCGCGAGUGCAUUGGGAGAAUCGCCAAUGCCACCACCGCCCCCGCCAGCUCUUGAACUCCCAAUGCCAAGAGUUGACUAUCUGAUGCAAAAUGGAGGUUUGCCGCAAAGUGUGCCCAGAAGUCUUCUAGGUGCCGGGCUACCUACGCAGGCACCCCUUCCAAUUUCUACAGUAGCUGCGCAGGCCGAGAAGUUCUUUGGUCCUCUAAGCAAAAUACUAGAGGACUAUACCAAAGUCAUAUCCCGCAGUGGAUCCUUAGCUGUGGCUACCGGAUAUCGCUCUGUUGCUCGUCGGCUCCUUGAUCGGCUAGAGGCUGUCUUUGCAAGAGAUAUCUCAUCGGAGACCUGCACAUGCAUGUUAUGUCAGAUGUCCCCACUCCCUGAGGCCGAAGUUGAGGACAAGCGAGGUGUUAGCUGGGGCGAAAUCUUGGAGUACGUAUGCGGAAGGCAGGAACUACCACAAUGGCCUGCUUUCGUGAUGGACUCUACACAAGCUGGUCUGGGCAUCUCUUCUGCUGACCACGUUCCACCAAUGCAGAAGUUGGAUAUGGAUGUUCCCGACGAAUUCCGAGAGCAUUACAUUCGACAGUCAAAGAAGACUAAGAUGACUGUGGACCGAUGGCUUGACAGUCAACCACAACAACCAUCUAGUCCUCCCCAAGAUGUCGACGAUGAAACAUUGACAUUCGCUAUGCUGACUCGCCUAGAGCCCGAGCAACGACAUAUUUUCUCGUCUUUGGCUGGAGUGCAGCCAAGCAGACCACCUUCAACAGCCCCAUCUGCGACAGAAGCAGUAUCAGCCAGUCCCGAGUCAGUGUUAUCGCAGAAGACUGGGCUUGCCAUUCAACGUCUCUAUCGCUUGUCGAAACCUCCACGAGAUCCCGAAUCCGCAAUGUACCUCUUGAACAAUCCAGUCAUACAUAACGUCCUCGCCACCCUAGCUGCCAUCAGUGACCCUGAAUGGGACAUUCUCACUUCUGGCCGCUUCGACGGCUUUCUCCGAAGCGGCGCCGACGAUCACCCCAUCACUACUGCUCCUGCUCCACCUCCUUCCCGCGGUGCAUCCCGAGCUUCCUACCCAGCACCUCGCAUGACCACCCCUUCAAUGCCGCCCUCCAGAGGUCCCACACCUUUCUCUCGCGGUCCAACUCCCGCUCCUGCAACUGCCGGUGCCCCCGUUGCUCUCGACGAAGAAACCGAAAUUGCCGUCCUGGCCGAAGUCGAGCGCGAGAUCUUUUCCUCGAUGGACCAUCUUGAGCACGCAUUCGAAGCUCUACACUACAAGGCCGAAGCUGUCCGUCAGGCUCUUCGGGAGCGCGGGGCAGGCCUCGCUCAAGCGAACCAAAGAAGGAGGGGGAUCUUCGAUAUAGAUUCGAUGAUGGGCACUCCGGCUAGUAACAUUGAAGGGCACAAGGCAUGGGAGAGUGAGACGGACGAUGGGAUUGACGAUGGAAUGUCGGAAAUCGCACCUGAUGACUCGGCGUCAAACGUCAGUUCGAGCAGGCGUAGGAGGCACAAGAGGCGAACGGAGAGGAGGACACCAGCGCCGGUGGAGGAGGAAGAAGAAGAAGAAGAGGAGGAGGGACGAAGUAAUGUGGGUAGCAAAUCUGGGAGGUGGAGGUGA